AUGUUUUUCGUUGAGGUAGAUUGUGGGUGGAGAUGUCUGGGAAAAUAUUCUUUGACGGAAUUUCUUCUUACUGACAAUUCCUUGCAAUGCACGAGAACAAACAAAACAACAUCAAUUUUCCAUGGAUUCAACUACUGCUCUGCCACAAUGUGUGGAAGUCAAGAAACUAAGCAAAUGAACUCGAAUGAACUUUUCAGGAUAUUUAAACUUCAUAACAUGAGCAUAUAA